AUGGUGGCGCGGGCGUUGGCGCGGUUGUCCCGCAGCAACGGCAACAACAAGGCGCAGAUGGUGCACUCGGGAGCCAUCCCGCUGCUGGUGGCCCUCCUGGAGAGCGAGGACGGCGUCGUCAGAGGGGAGGCCGCCGCCGCCCUGAGCAGCCUCGCGGCGAACAACGAGGACCCCGGCUACGCGGCGGAGAUCCGCUCGGCGGCCAACGAGGCGCAAUGCAGCUUGCAGGCGGUCGACCUGGCCCAGGCGGAGGCGCCCGUUCUUCUUCACAUCUACGACGUGAGUGGGGACGCCAGGAGGUGCACUUCGUCAAUGAGCUCUUCCGGCCCAUCGGCACUGGUGCCUUCCACGCGGGCGUGGAGGUCUAUGGCUCUCGGGGGGUGGCGCGCCCCCAGGAGCGCGGCACCGGGGUCUUCAGCUGCGCCCCGCGCCGGAACCCGGCCCACUCGUACCGCGAGACGGUGCACAUGGACGUCACCACGCUCUCGCGCCAGGAGGUCGCCGAGCUGCUGUCGCGGCUGA